GUAUCAAAUUGUAAAGACAGAUCGUUUUACAUUGUAUCUCGUUUUCUCUUGUACGAUAACCAUAAUAUUCUAUUUCAUCGUUAAUUAAUAAAUCAAUGUAAACGUAUCUUUAAAUUCAUCCGAAUAGUGAUUGAUAGACUGAAAUCUAUAGUGAAAAUAAUAUUUGCGUAUUGUUUGCAACCAUUAUUAACAAAUAAUUAUAAAAAAAUUAAGGAAGUGCAUAUCUAGAAAUUUGAUGAAAUUUAAGUAGUAAAACUAAUGACAUAGCAGUUGAAACUGCGACAUACAUUUGGUUUGGUUCUUAUUUUGACUGAAUAAAUUGUAAUAUUUGUAAAUGUCAGUCUCUUUGUGCGUUUUGCGUGUUGAAAUAGACGAAGAGCUGCCAGAAAUGGGAGACAACCCUACUGAAAUAGAGGCUGCUAAAGAGCAGAAGAAGAAAGACAGGGGGGCAAGAGAGUCAAAGACUAUCACAGUGGAGACAUAUGCCAGUGUUGUGAGCGGGCCCAAUACUGCCAUAGGGAUACUGCCCACCAGCUCCCGCAGAUCCCCUGCUGAGGGCACCAGUGUGUCUGAAGACAAUGACACACUGAGCUUCUUCUGCGGCAACCCACUGGUGGAAGUUACAAAGGGUGUGCUGCAUUUGUACAAGGAGAAUGAACUAAAAGAAGCUGAGGAAGCUAAGACCCUUUGCUUGUUGUCCGUUCCUGGAGCAUUAGGUGCCUCUGACUUGCUUGGGUUUGCAGCUGCAUGUCAACAGGACAUUGCCCAUGUGAGGGUGCUGAGAGAUGGAUCUCCAGACCACUACAUGGCUCUGUUUACUUUCCGCACAAGUCAAGCGGCCCGUGAGUUCCAUGAGGCUUUUGAUGGUGUUCCAUAUAGCAGCCUAGAACCAAAUGCGCUGUGCCACAUGUCCUGGGUGUCGCGAGUGGAGUGGGCGCGGGACGGGACUCCACCACCCUCGCAUACUGAGCUGCCUACAUGCCCUGUGUGUCUAGAGCGCAUGGACGAGAGCGUGGCGGGCGUGCUGAGCGUGCAGUGCGCGCAUGCGUUCCACGCCGAGUGCCUCGCGCGCUGGGCCGACGCGCGCUGCCCGGUGUGCCGCUGCGCGCAGACGCCCGAGCCGCGCGCGCGGGCGCACUGCGACCAGUGCCAGCUACAGGAGGGAGACGCCGUAACUACUGAUGAGGCAGGCGGUGAGGAGACGCGCGAGAACAUCAGCGGCGUGGCGGAGGGCAUGCUGGACGGCGUAGAGGCGGGCACGCUGUGGAUCUGUCUGAUCUGCGGACAUGUCGGCUGCGGACGAUAUGAGAAUGGUCAUGCAGCAAAGCAUUUCUUGCAGUCGAACCACACCUACGCUCUGCAGCUGGGAUCGAACCGUGUUUGGGAUUAUGCUGGUGACAAUUUCGUCCACCGCCUGGUGCAGAACAAGGCGGACGGCAAGCUGGUGGCGGCGGAGGGCGGCGCGGGCGCGGAGGACGCGGCGUGCGGCGCCAAGCUCGACUCCGCGCAGCUCGAGUUCACCUACAUACUCACGCAGCAGCUCGACAGCCAGCGCAUGUUCUACGAGGACAAGCUCGCCAAAAUGGAGGCGGAACACAAACAGGAGCGCGAUAAAUUGCGAUCAGCCGCGAAAGAGGCGGAAUCGGCGUCGAAGAAACUGAAGACCACUGUCGGCACCCUCAAGAAAGACAAUAGGAACCUGGAGAAGAAGCUGCAGCAAGUCAAUGAGAGGUUGGCAGAGCUGCAAAAUGAGUUGGAGGAAGAAAGGGGGCUGUCGACCGCGAUGGCUUCCAGCCAGGCUGAGUGGCAGAAACUGUCCAAGGCACGCGAGGAGGACUUUGUUAAAGAGGUAUCAGUGGUCCAUUAUCCAUCAAAACGGACUCUACAACAUUCUGCCAUCAAGUGUUAACAAGGAGAGUUGAAGAAAAGACUAGCGGAUUACAAGGCAUAUUCAGUAUUAUACACCACUGAAAAAAUCAUCGAAGGGUUCAUUUUUGCCAAAGUUUUUGCCGAUAUAAUAGGCUUCAAUUCUCUUUAUUUUGAAUACCUCUUUAAUUUUAUUACAUAAAAAAAGUCAAAAAUAUAAUUAGUAUUUAAUUUAAAAAAAUUAAAGGUUUAUAUUGUCUCUAAUUCCUUACAAUAUAAUAUUGUUAAAAAAAAAAUAAUAAGUCAUAAUUCAUAUUCGAUAUGUAGUAAAAAUAAAUUGAAAAUAUGUAAGUAAUCGAUAAAGUAUAAGAAAUCAAUAGUAACGAGAAAAAAUAUAUACGGAUAAUUUAAAAUUCAAAAUUAUUUUAUUUGUAAAACUUUGUGAAUUUUAAUAUAUAUGGGGGAAGUUUUAUAAAAAGAUUAAUACGAUAUGAAGAAUAAUAAUAUAAAAUUACAGAUGACAAUUUUUUUUCGGAAUAAACAAUAAAAAGCAAAUCUAAAAAUUUGGACUGCACUUCAGUUGUCAUCCUUCUUUUUAAUGUUAAGCGGUUUGGCAGAUCUCAUGAUGUUUUUUUUAUUUCAUUUGUCAGACUAAAUUUCACCACUAAUGAAUAAGUGGUAUAUCAUCUUAAUUAACUGUUACUUUUAUGUGAAUUUGAAUUUCUGUGAUAAUUUGUAUAAUGUAUCAGAAAAGUUAUAUUAUGUAAUUUAUUUAAAAUAUUCUAUAUCUAAAAAGUACAAAGGGUAGCAAGUGGUUACCAGAGUUUUAGUCAAGUUUGAUUUUUUUUUCCUUUUGGUAUUCGGUUUGUAAGUUACUUAUUCAUAGUUUUAAGGUGCCAAUAGAACAGGUAUAUAAAGUGGGGUGAAUAGGAUGGAAAUGUAUUUUCAAAUCUUAUUCGCAUGGAAUUUUAUUUGCAAUAAGUAAAGUACCAAUCACCCCAUUAUAUUAUUUGUUUUUUAUAUAGUAAAACUUGCAUCGAUGCUUGUUGAGGCAUUAUAUAUGAUGCUAGAACAAAUUAACCGACCUUUUGGGCCUAUUUCACGAUUUCUGAGUAAAAGCUAAUCGUCCAAUAUGAUAUAGGGCGACCAAAUACAGGAGACAAGCUCCGAAAUAAAUGUUAAACAAAAGAGUACUAAUUGCAAUAACAAUUUUCUACAAUUGGCGGGGUUAUUUCUUUAAACAUUAUGAAACAGGCUCUUGAAAUAAUAUAAAAAAAAAUAUACACCCCAAAAGCUUUAUGGAGGUAUUUAAUUAUAUUUAGUGUCUAUAUAUCUCAAUAUUAAUGUACAGGGAAGUGGGAGCCUAAAUGUCGAUAAUUGUGUCUUUAUUGGUAAAUAUUUAAUUGUGAUCCCGUGAAGCUAGGGCUUCCUAUCGGUGCUGGCACAUAGUGGGUGUAGUAUGGCGUAUGGCGGACGUUAAACACUAUAUAAUACAAUUUAUUGUAUGUAAAAAGGCAUUAUCCAUGUCGCAAUAACUUUUAAGCGCCUGGAUAUAAAUCAUAGCAACAUCUUUUGGAUUACAAAGUUUUGGAUUAUGCAUUGCAUUACUCUUGUCACUCCGAGACGUACGGUUUCAUAUUAUCAUCGAGUAAUAAUAUUUAAAUGAGACUUGAUAUUGUUGGACGCUGCGGCUUGACGACAGACAUUAAUUUAUAAAAAUGAAAAAACCACGCCAUAUUAUUUCAUUGACGUUUGACAUUACUUCGGCACGUCUAGCGCAACAAGUGAAAUUGUUGUUUUAGCUAAUGGCUUUAGGUGUUUAGUAUAGGUGCGACGAAUUGACGCUACGUUCAGACCAUUAUGUGACUGCGCCUUUAUCUCUAGGAAACCCAAGCUUAGAGGCAUGGUCUCUGUUAGGUUAAGGUUUACUUAAGAAGUAGUGUUGUGAAUGCUUAAGAUAAGUUUUUCUAUUUAUAUUUUAUAAUGUACUUCAUCUGCAAAGAUUAAUAUGUAUGUGAAAUGCCAUUUAAGUCUAAGUGUAAAAAUUAAAGUCCUUUUCAAAUUCCAGUGGGAUCAGCCCAUAAACUUUGUCCUUGUUGAAUAUCAGUAACAAUUGAAAAAGAUAGUUCCUCCAUUAAGGCGAUACCUCAAGGUCCAUUUUCAUACAUUUUGUUUCACCUUUAAUCUGGGUAACUAAACAAGUAUUGGCAAGUAAAGAAUUUAAAUUCACGUCUAGUUAGUGAUUAGUUCUCGCAGUUGAAAGAAAAACGUAAAAAUAAUUAAUAAUCAUGGAUAUUUCGGCCUUUAAAAUUUAAUAUGACGAAAUUGGACCGAGGUAUGUCAAUAUGUACCAACUACUUUUGAACUAUAUUUUUAGAUUAUUACUUAUUUGUUACAACUGGAUUUUCCUAUGUCUGAAAAAUUUGUGUGAAUUGGUUUAUGUAUACUUUUGUAUCGUAUCACAUUUGGAUUAAUUAAAUAUUGUUAACUUAUUUUUGGAUAAUUUGUGGGUUGGUAAAUUUUGUGCGUAACUGGCUCCAAUUAGUCUCCAAAAUUCAUAAUUUUCAAAAUCGGCAUAAUUGCCUUCCGUUAGUAUUAAUUAUGUCUAUUUUUAAAAUAUGUAGCAACAAAAAUAUUAUAUUUUUGUAAGAAGAUCGAUGAUUAUUCUCGAUCUACUUUUUUAAUGUAGUUGUUACAGAUGCGAUUUAGUUUUUGCAGUUGAUGUGUCCUACCAUUAAUGUGCUGCACUUUAAUAUGUAUAAAUAACUUGAGUUUUUUUAAUUCCAGAGAUAAUUAAGUUACACAGCCUAAUGGCAAGUCUUUGACUAGGAAAAGUAAACCGUUAAAAAGAGUAACAAGAGUUCCAGGUAACAACUGCAACAUGAAUGUCCUAAAGAAUAUUAAAAAAAAAUACCGCCAAAUGCUUACACUUUUACCUCUGGAAUUAAUAAAGACAUACAUGAUAUUUUAAUGAUCAAUAAAAUAGAUUUUAAAAUGGAUGUCUACUAUAAGUGAUUUGUCAUUAUUGAUUAUAAUAUUUUAUGGUCCGAAAGUAAAUGUUAUUCAGAUGUAGGUACAAUAAAAGAAUGAGUAAGGGCUCGUAAUUAGUGGUAUUUUGGGCGAUUGAAUAUGUCGAUUAAGUGCGUCAAUACUAGCUAUAAAAUGUUCAGAUUUGAUUUUAUUAUGAAGUGGAAGUUUCCGGAAUAAAAACAAUUAAAGGUCAUAAAUAUAUAUUUUUUUAUAUAAAUUCGUUUAA